UUUCCUUUGGUUUUUCGUCCCGUGUUGAGCUACAGCGUUGCUGUGAAGGAUUUGGCGAUGGCGGCAAGCUCAGUCUCAUCUGGCUCCGAGACAGAGCGGCAGCAGCAAGAGCUCGAGGACACUGUCUUACUUCUCUUCUCCGCGUUCGCCUCCGCAUCCAGUCAGAACACCUCGCUCUUGCUGGAGCUUUGGAGGGAAGAGCACGUGCAGUACCUUAAGAGAGCUUUCCGUGGUCUGGGGACUUCCUACAGCGUUCUUGAUUCGAGUCGGCCAUGGCUGUGCUAUUGGAUUAUGCACUCUCUUGCGAUGCUCAACCAACCUUUGGGUCCAGGGAUGGAUAGGCGUACGAUCGACUUUCUUUCAAGAUGUCAGGAUCCAAACGGGGGUUACGGUGGCGGACCGGGACAGAUAGCUCAUUUAGCAACUACGUAUGCUGCUGUGAAUACCCUCGUUACUAUUGGUGGGGAGAAGGCACUGGCUUCUAUUGACAGGAAUGAGGUGCUGCGUUUCCUGAUUCGCAUGAAACAACCCAAUGGGGGUUUCUCGAUGCAUGAUGGAGGAGAGGUAGAUGUGCGUGGUUGCUACACUGCUAUUUCUGUGGCACAUAUGCUAGAUAUUAUGGUGCCAGAAAUUGUGGAUAAGGUGGCAGAUUAUAUCUUGAGUUGCCAAACGUACGAGGGAGGCAUUGGUGGUGAACCUAACGCAGAAGCGCAUGGCGGGUACACAUUCUGUGGUCUAUCAGCGCUUGCGCUGAUAAAUAAAGUUAACACGAUUAAACUCCCUAAUUUACUGAACUGGAUAGUGUUCUGUCAAGGAAAAGUCGAAGGAGGUUUCCGAGGUCGCACGAAUAAGCUAGUGGAUGGGUGCUAUUCGUUCUGGCAGGGGGGUGUGUUCUCAAUAUUACAACACAUAAUGCCUGAGCUUAACCGGCAGCAGUUGGCCUCCAUUACUCCUCUUUAUGAAGCUUGGAACCAAGAUGUUGCAUCUAGUUCUGCAAGUUCCUCGAAGGUAACUCUGGAGGGCAGCUCUGAGGUGUCACCUACAAGCCGUGAAAGCGUAGAGGAGAGAACAGCUGCAGGUAUUCCAGCAGAUGCAGAACCUAGAGCCACCGAUGGGACGACCACUGACCACCAACCAACUGGAACAUCACCAAUGUACACACAUCGGGAGGAUAAUAGAAGAGGAUCUAUAAGUGAGCUUGUCACCGCUGAGCAGCUCUUCCCCGUGGUUGAUCGUAAUAUCAAAAGGGCACCGAUUUCUGUGACUUUUGAGGAACUAGAAGAUCAAGUCUCGGAGACUUCAAAGGAAGCUAAGGAUGGUGCCGGGAACACAAAUCAGGCACAGCUGUCUACUGUGGACCAAAUAUUGAAUGAAAACGAACAAAUGCUCUACGGGCCUCUCUACAAUGCGCAUGCACUUCAAGGCUACAUACUGCUCUGCUGUCAGGUACUGGACGGGGGUCUACGAGAUAAACCAGGAAAAUCCCCGGAUUAUUAUCACACUUGCUACUGCCUCAGUGGGCUCUCACAAGCGCAGAGUAGCGCAUCCCACCGCGUCAAUGCCCCUCCACCACCAAAAGCUGUGCUUGGUCCUUACACCAACCUUCUUGAGCCUGUGCAUCCCCUUUGCAACGUAGUUCUGAGCAAGUACACUGAUGCAAUCCGUUACUUUAGGCAUCAUCCUUUCCGUCGGGUUCCUUGAAACCCAAAGACUUGUGAUGUACCUUGAAGUCACUAUUAUAUACAGCCGGGGUUAUUGUAUAUUCUAAAUCGCUGACCGAUUCUUCAGUGUA